AAAGUGACAAAUAAAGCUAAACGUUUCUGCAGGUUAUAGUCAACAGAUAUUUUCAAACUUAAUAAUGGAAAUCGAUUUAGAAAUAUCAGAUGAAGACUAUGUGAUAGAAAGGGCAAAGAAUGCUUUAAAAUUAAAUCCUGUUUCAGCUAAAGCUUGGAUGAUAACUGCCAAAACUUUAUACCCUAAUAAUUUUGGUGUACAGUUCGAAGCGUAUCUAAUAGAGAAGAAUGCUGGCCACAUUAAGGAGGCAGCUAAAUGUUUUAGUGACUUGAUAGGAAAAUUCCAGCAACAGCCAGAAUUAUGGAAAGAAAUAGAUAAAAUUACUGUAGCUUUAAGAGCAGAAUCAGAUACUAAUGAUUCGGAAAAGCAGUUUUUAUGCGAAAUGUUUAGACAUAUUUCGUCAGAAGUACAACAUAAACUUCUGUUAUUCACAGCCGAUCACUGUGAGGAUACUAUGGAGCAUUGCAGAUUAUUACUUUUACUUUUACAAAGGUUUCCUACUGCUAUUUCAAGUUACGGACCUCGUCUAGUAGAUACCUUAAUAAGUGCAGAAAAGCAUAGCGUCGAUGGCCAUUUCCCUGUAAAUUCUUACAGGAAGUUACUUGUCUGUGAUUUGUUGCCUCUUCUAUCUAAUGUGAACAUAAAAAUUGAUUUAACCUCAAAAUUAUUGUACAAAUUAUUGCAUAAAGCUAUUGAGUUUUACUUGUGUUAUUUAGGCCUCAGUACUACAGUUAUACAGGAGACUGAGCCAAAAAUUGAAGAUCCUUGGAUAAAACUGUUUGGUGUGAUGGAGUUUAUUGGAAAACAACUUAAUUGGGAAUCAUAUUUGACAAAUUUUACAACAAACUGGUCCAAGGAAAGUUAUUGGCAAAAGAUCGUAAGUUUCUGUCAGUCGAAGUCGAAGACCUAUCCACUGGAAGAUAAACAAUUGUUAUUUUGUUUAGCGAUCUUUUUUCUUUAUUGUUUAUAUGAGUACAAUGCAAGUUUAACUCCAGAGUCAAGCCCUGGUCAAAUUGCCACUUCUUACCUACUGGUGGAAGCAUUUACAGAUCCAUCUCUGCCCAAUCCUGUAACUGAACCAAAGAGUAAAAAAAGAAAAAGUGACGGUGAAGUGGUACAUACAACCGUUCCUUACAUAACCGUAGAGAAGCCCGAGCUGAAGUAUAUUCACAGCAAUUUCUUGGUUUGCGUUAAUUGUUGGGACCUGCUGAAUUCAUCAGAAAAUCUCCAAAGGGAAUUUAUUAAGAUGAAUGCACAUUUAAAGCUAGACCCUCUGUUGUCUGGAUUCGUCAUAGACUACGCUCUAUAUAAAGGAUUGUACGAUGAGGCUCUGAUGUUCCUCCAGAAGAUUACCGAUCCAGCUUUAUUGCUGUACCGAUAUUUAAGGAUCUCAAGCAUUUUGUAUAUCAAGAAGAAUUAUAGUUCUUGUUUGGAACCUAUAUUGCUAACAAUUCCUCUACUGCCGAUGAGUAAUUUGGGCAAUUUGAGUAACAGUUUAAUUGUAGGAGGAACCCAAAAGCAUCUGCAUUAUUUGCCGCUUACAAAACUGACGAUUUUACAGUACCUGGUCAAAAUACUUCUGAGGUGUAUUAAAGAAAACAUGGCAAAACAUAGUUACAACGAACUGUCGAUCGGCCAUAUAUUUGCAUUGGUCCAACUGGAUUGGCCGCAGGAAGAAGAUUUCGUACCUCCCCUUUUGGAACUGAUUCAGCAGCACAGGUCGUUUCAGUAUCAUAACUUUCAGAAUUAUAUAAUAAAUGUGGAUAUUUUGGAAGAAAUCACGUACCUAUGGACGAGUCAGGGCGGUCAAAUUCACUUGGACAUUUUACCACAUUUAGGGCAACGAAGGAUAGGCACCAGAGGAUCGGAUAAAGGGGUAAAAGAAGAGAUUAAGCAGGCAAUUCGCAGGCAGAUCGCAAGGAACAAUGAAAGGCUGGAUGAGCUGCUGAUAAGUUUUAUUCAAAAUGAAAGAACGAUUCUUUUACAGACUUUAGUGUAAAUUUAUUCCGACGCAAGUAAUUUGAGACUUUGAAAAUAUUGUUUUGUGAGUAAUUGUAAAUAUGAUUUUUAUUUUUAAAAUAAAAGCAAUAAUGAAAUGUGAUUGAAUUACUUAUAAAGUUGCUUCAAAUCAAACGCCGUAACUUCUAUUACGAGAGAUAAAGAAUAAAAAGUUACUGUUGUUUAAAUUUAAAAGUCAUCUUUGUGCACUUGUGUGUAGUUUCGGUCAAACCAUGGCGCGAGAAUUGAAAAUUAAAAUUGACAGUAACAGAGUACUAUUAGCAAAAGGAACGAGACCCUACGAAGUUCUUUGUAGAGCUCGUAUGUGUGGAAAACCUAACCAAAAGAGUUGAUGAUACUUGAGGGCAUCUAGCGAAUCAUUCCUGUAAAGCAGAUU